AUGUUGAAGCCCUUCCGAAUCAGAAACCUUCGGGUACCUGCUCAGCACGAACCCGAGCAGCCUGCUGAUCCUCGUACUGCUUCGGGGGUGGUCCAGAUCUCUGCUACGGAUUACGAUGAUUUAGCGUCAAACCAUCCCCGUGCAAGGUUGACUUAUCUGGAUGACGAUGAUGAUGAUGAAACAAUCACCGUUGGAUCCGCUUUCGAGCUCUCUCAGCGCCUUGAGGAGCCCCUAGACAUUAAUACACAGCUUGAAGCCGUCAGGCUUUCUCGCAAUGACAUCAUUCCGAUGCACAUAUUUGAUAUUCGUCGAUCAAACUCCGUGACCGAGUUGUGGAAGCGGUUUGAAAACAGCGUUCCAAAACAAGGCUCGGCUGAUGGGAAGAACGACACACAACCUACUUCGAAGGCUAUUGUCCUCGAAGAGCAACAGCAGCAAGAAGUGCCAGUUCCUCAUACUAGUUCGCCAUCUCUCUCUGGGGAUCAACCUCGGCCUUUCAUGGAAGCAUUUGAGGCCGAGCUAGCAGAGAUGCUCAAUGCUGCCGAGUCCUCGGAGAGUAGAGAGCCUCAGCCUAACUCGCCACCGACUGAGCCAUCAGCCAACACAAACUCAGAACGAUCCCCUCACCCCGUUGAGAUUUUAGCAGCACAGGUUCUAGACCAGCUGAUCAACGGCGCUACUAUGGUACAAUCUGAAUUUAGAUCAAAAAUUCCUGAGCUACAGCGACAACUACAUAAUGCUCAGAGACAAUUUGAGGAAACACAGAAAUCUCUGCCUAAGAACGUGGAAUCGUCACUACGGGCACUACUUGCCACUGUUGAAGCUCACCUAAGAACCGCUUUUAACAAUCUUCCGGAUGGCGGAAGGCAAAUGGCAGAAGAUGCCUUCCAGGCAGGAAGGCCUGUCGCUGAGAAUGCCGCUGAUGGUUUUCGUACGAUGGCCUCCGAACUCAAUGAGGUCGGAAGAACAUUAUUUGCCGCAUUUGAAAGCGAGUUUGGGCGCGCUAGAUCAACAGCCUCUACGUCCUCGACUUCCGAGGCACCAAACCCUGGGCCACCAGGGCCAGCCUUCAACACUGCUGCAAGCAAUGAAUCUAUGGCUCCGGGCAAUGUGUAUCCCCAAAGCUCAAACACACAUCCUUCAGAAACAGCCACAAACGAGAAAUCAACAGCAAGCCCAGGCCAAUCGAACCCAUCUUAUACUGUACAAGCAGGAGUAACCCCCAUCCAGAGUCAUCAUGAUCGUCAACCUAUACCUGCUCAGCCAGUUCAUUGGGCACCUCCCACAUGGCCUGCUCCACUUUGGAAUCCAUUCCACACUUAUAACGCACCCCCGCCUCCAUGUCCUCCUCUGCCGUCGGUGGCAAUGCCAAAUUUCACUCACUUCACGCACGGGAGACCUGCGCCUCCGCCUCCGCCUCCUCCUGCAUUCAACACCCCAUUCUGUGUUAGACAGAACUCACAAGUGAAGCCUAGAGAGUCAAAAAGCAGUUCAGCAACUAGGUCCUUGUUCAUUGGAAACGUUGGUUUCAAGGUUACCGACAAGAUGAUACAGGAUGUGUUUGCUGCCAAAGGAUUCCUUGUCAAGGUGGAUCUCCCACUAGAUACUGCAUCAGGAAGGCAUGCAGGCUUUGGCUACGUUAAUUUCCCCUCGGAGUAUCCGGCUUUCGCUGCAAUGGAAGCAUUGCAAGGUGCUGUUAUCGACGGCCACUCAAUAAACCUGGAGCCUAUGCAUCAUCCCCCUAUCGAAAGUGUACGUCCGGCUAAGGUUUCACCCAACGUCGGUACAACCGCACAUGAUACCCAGUCAAAAAGCCCUCAGGCUGAUAUGAGCGGUGUAAACAAUUCUCCCUCCGAACGAAACAGUACCACAUUGGGAGCCUUUGUGCCCUCACUUGCCGCGAAGCCACAAAAGCGCUUAUCCCAGCCCAGUAGCUCGGAAAAUCGCAGAAAGUCCGUUAGUUUCGUGGACCUCACGCAAAAUGAUUCUAGUCAAGCCCAGGCAGAAUCAUCUGCACUACUUGACUCUCCCAGUGAUGACCCUGCAUUCAGCGCACGUUUUCCCUCGCUUUUACCCGAGACGAGCGCACAGCAUAACGAUCCAUUGAGCGGUCAGGGUGUUUCGAACACGGAGUCUCAUUUCCCACCCGUGUCUCAAUGGGAGGCUCAGCUUCUUGCAAAUCGGCAGGAACGCCGUGGAACAGAACCUAUAACUGGAGCUUUGCAUAUUCAAUCGCCAAACAACCCAAAACACGGCGAGGAACUCUCCACUCCCAUUUUACCCAGCCAUCCUACCCCAAAAGGGUUUGGACAAUCUGCUUCCGGUGCCAGCGAGGCUGUGCGCCCAGUGAGAGGCCUCAAUGCCCCCCAACAUGCGGCCAAACCGAAGCGCCGAGCCACUGAACACAAAACUCAUAAACCAAAUCAUCACCAUACUGCGGAGACUAGCCGUCAUAACUCCCUCAAGCAUUCCGCAAGUAUGCGUCGUCUUGGGGAUAGAUCGCAAGGUUCUGCGGAAAUGGACACGUGGGCGCGUCUGUCUAGGCGAGAACGAAAUGGCGCAUCUUCUCACGAACAAAUUCCUGGAAGCUUCCCGGUGGAAGAUACAACGAGAGUCGAUCUCUCUAGGACACUUGAUGCCAGUGUUCCUGGAUCUAAUGAUGAGGCAAUCGAACGAUGUGUUUCUUCUCUUAUCGACAUGGGCUACGGGGCUGGACAGGAGGGCGGACGGUCGAGGAUGGCUGUGUAUGCAGCUAUGGUAGAUGGCGUCCUCAUGGAUGCGAUUGAUAUGAUUGAAGAGGAAAGGCAGAUUUAUGAACGACGGCCUUCGCAGUAA